AUGUUCAGUCCAGUCCUUCCAGCCGGGUGUCUGGUUGUCGUCACCGGUGUAAAUGGAUACGUGGGAUCCCAUGUGGCCGAGAAACUGCUGCAGCAGGGAUAUAUGGUUCGGGGUACUGUGCGAAACAUAACAAGAUGUCAAUGGCUUUUGAAGCUGUUUGAAGAAAAGUACGGAAAAGGGAAGUUCGAACUGGCUAUGGUCGAGGAUAUGGCUAGAGACGGCGCCUAUGAUCAGGCCGUGAAAGGCGCCAGUGGGAUCGUGCAUGUCGCAGCCAUAUUACAGGCAGGGCCAGACCCAAACCUGGCUAUUCCUCCGGUCCUAGCUGGAAUCAGGGGAAUACUCCAGUCUGCUGCCCGAGAGGAGAGCAUGAGACGUUUUGUUCUCACGUCAUCAGCUAUUGCCGUCUUGGAACCAACCUUACUGAAAGAGACUGUCACCGUUGACAUGUGGAACGACAGGGCCGUCGAGCGGGCUUGGGCUCCACCUCCCUAUUUGGAGAGUCGGAGCACGGAUGUGUACGCUGCGAGCAAAGUUUUGGGUGAAAAGGAGAUGUGGUCCUGGGUUGCUCGCGAAAAGCCACAUUUUGUAGCAAAUUCUGUUAUUCCGCCGGUGGUACUCGGAAAACCUUUGAGCACGAAGGAUCAAGGCUACCCGUCCACGUCUGCGAUCCCUGUUACUAUGUUGGAGAAUGAUACAGCUGCAAUGGCCGCUUUCAUUAAUCAUUUCCCUCCCUACUUUUUUGUCCAUGUAGAAGACGUUGCGCGGCUUCACGUUGCCGCAUUGAUUCGGCCCGAAGUGGUAAACGAAAGGUUGUUCGCCUUCGCCGGACCGUUCAAUCGCAAUGACAUCCUAGCUAUUCUGCAAAAGCUAUUUCCGAAGCGGGAGCUGGCACCUAAGGCUCCUGGGCUGCUGAACAAUGAAUCUGAGAUCCAGCCAGCUAAACGAGCGGAGGAAUUAUUGCAAGAAAUAUGGGGCACAGGAUUCAGAAACCUGGAUACGGCCGUCAGAGAUACCCUUAAAGACUAUCUGGGUAAAUAA